UCGCCUGAUUUGACAUUAUUCCUUGUCUCAUUUGUUUCUAAUUAUUGUAAGGCUUGUUUUGUAAGAUGUUUUUGUUUCCAUUGCUAUUAGACAUGUAUAAUAUGGUGCUGAUUUGUCAUCAUGGAGAAAAAUAUUCCUUAUGUAAUGUUUGAAUUCUGGCUAUAUCAUUUUAAAUUUUUAAUACUAUGCUGUUUUUAUCAUUAAAUUUUCUCUACCAUGCUAUCAUCUAUCAUUAAAUUUUGUAAAAUUGCAAUGAGAUGUUUAGGAAUGGAAGGUAGCGAUUUUAGUCAAACCCAAGGAAGGGGAACAAAGAGAGACCGACGUGUAUGGACAAUAGAUGAAGAAAAUGCACUUCUAGAUGGUCUUGAAGAACUAGUUGCGCGAGGAAUGAAAGCCGAUAACGGCUUCAAGAGUGGUUACAUGAUUAUGUUAGAGAAGUGGGUUCAAGAAAAGUUUCCUGGUUCUGGCAUUAAGGGUAAUCCUCAUAUUGAGUCGAAAAUGAGAAACUUGAAAAAGUUGUAUAAUCAGAUUUAUGACUUGAAGGAUCAAAGUGGCUUUGGAUGGGAUCACGAAAAACAUUCCGUUGAUAUUCAUUCGGAAGAUAGUUGGCAAAAAUAUUGCAAGGCCUAUCCAGGAGCUGCUUCUUUGAGAGGAAAGUCCUUCCCUCAAUAUGAUCGACUAGCAACUGUAUUUGGAAGAGACCGUGCCAAGGAAAAUCUCAGUGAAGACCCUUUAGAAGCUCAUGCGGCUGUAGAUAAUGAAGAAAGUGAGAAUCAUUCUGACGUGGCUACUACUGGUGCAAAUCAAAACUUACCGCCACUAUCAUCUUCUCAAAUGCAAAAUGUUGCUGAUUCUUCAAGAAGAAAAAGGGCUAAAGCAAGUGACAAGUGGGCUGCUGGGUUAGUUGAAAUUGCAAGCACUUUUGGCUCUUUUAUGGAAAAAGCUAACGAGAGGAUGGAGAUGAUUGCUAGCCGCAUUGGACAUGCGAAAGAUUUGGAUGAUGACAAGAGAAAAAUCAACGAAGAGCUUCUUAAGAUGUCUCUAGAUACCAUGGAUAGAAUAAAAUUGUGCAGAAAAAUUGUGAAGGAUCCUGAGAAUAUUCAUCUUUUUUUUGGAUUUCAAGGAGAUGACAGGAAGGCAUUUGUGGACAUGCUUCUCCAAGAGAUGAUAGAAGAGUAAUGUCGUGUCUAGUCUCUUUUUGCUAUUUUUUAGACAAUGAAC